AUGAAAUACUCAACCGCCAUCCUCACCUUUUUCUCCUCUACUUCUGCUGACUUGGCUCUCGCCCGAACUCGUCGCCAAGCUCCCCUCGACCAGGGACCACGAAGAUACAAACAGCUCACUUCCCAGAUGGAGUAUUACAACUCCGAAUUCGAUGAGCGAAAAUACUGGGCUUACGGUUGCCAGUGCUUGAUCCUCGGUGAUCGACCAAUGUCCGAUCCUGGCCAUGGUCCACCAGUUGAUGAGCUUGACGCUGUCUGCAAACAGUACAAGGACUGCCAAAAAUGCGCGCGAAUGACUUUCGGCGACAUGUGCAUUGGCGAAUUCGUCGAGUACGGUCUACGAAUCACCGGCAAAGGACCCCAAUGCCGUGAUGAAGAGGGCACCUGCGGACGAGCACUCUGUGAAUGUGACAAGCAAUUUGCUCAGAACCAUGUCGAAAAGAAAGACGUUUUCAACGCGGACUACCACUACUUCUGGACAACGAUUGGUUUCGACUACCUCGAAGGUAGCUGCGAAUCCACUCCUGGACCAAAGCCUGAUCCUCAGUGCUGUAACAACCCAGCUGGACCUUACACCCUCUACAACGCGAACACAAAACAAUGCUGCCCUAACUACCAAGUCAAACUCUCGACCGAAACUUGUUAA